ACCGUGGUAGACAAACGACAGCCGCUUUCUCAAUUGACACAGAUGUUCCGGUGCCUCGUCGUCGGGGAACAGAUGUCUGCAAGCGCGUUUGACGCGCGCAUGCAGCUGCGGCUUUCCACGGUCACCGCGUGAAUCAGCGUUGCAGAGAGUCGGUGCGCAGCAGUCAACACAAAUGCCGGGGAUGUCGACGGAAUCGCGGCUGAAGAUGGACCCCGUGUUCGGAGUGGACUCACGACACAGCUGGGUGACGGCCGCGUUCUGCGGUGCGCUGCUCUUCCUCGCCCUGUCAACUAUAAGCGUGAGCGGCGUGUUCUUCUACGGCAUCGUUGAAGCCUUUGGCGUGAACAGGGAGCAGGCGUCCUGGCCCGUCACUCUUAGCGGGAGCAUGCUGCCUCUCGCAGGUCCCCUGACUGGCAUGCUAUGCGCUCGUUUCUCCUGCAGAAAAGUCAUCCUCGUAUGCUCUUUCAUCGCGGGCAUCGCUGUAAGCCUGUGCUACUUCGCAGAAAGCACCCCCUUUAUUGUUGUCUUCUUUGGCAUCAUUAACGGAACCACGCUUUCUGGGCUCUACAUCGCUGCAAACGUGCUCGUGGCAGAGUACUUUGAGAAGAGAAGGGCCACCGCCUGCAGCUUCAUGUUCACCGCCGGUGGACUCAACACCGUCGUCUUUCCUCCGCUCAUAGAACUCUUCUACUCACGCUAUGGCAUCCACGCAGCGUUCUUGCUCUACGGAGCCAUCCUGAUGAACGCAUUUCCGUGCUGCAUCGCUCUAAGAGACCCACCAUGGUUAGAUAAGCCCAAAUCGUUGAGCAAGAGAAAAUGUAGAACGUUCGACACUGUUGGCACUGCAAGGAGUCCUGUAUGCGAGGAUCGCAGUUCUGAACAAUUCAAUAUGGAGAAAUGUGUUGAAGGUACCGAUGAACUGCAAGUAUUCUUGGAUAAAAGGACUGUAGAAGAAAGAGUUACAAGUGUCAGCUUCAGUAAUUCUAAUGGCACGUCCAACUUCUCCCGCUUUUUGGCGAGUAGAAGGCUGGAGAGAAAGGACGUCUUUGACUGCUUUAAACGUGGGCUGGCCCCAUUCGCAACCAUGUCCUUUUUGGUGAGCGCUGUGUCAUUCACGGUUGUGAACUUCGGGAUGGCGUUAUACGUCAUGUUGUCAACAGACCUAGCAAGUGACCACGGCAUUGAACCUUCAAGCUCAGUUUUCCUUCUUCACGCCUUCUCCGCCAGUGACAUCGUCUCCAGAGCUCUCAGCGGCGUCAUUAUAGACUCCAAGAUUCUGUCCCUGGAGUCCGUGAUGCUCCUGGGGUAUCUUGUGCAAGGCGCCGCUUUUGAAAUGCUCGCAUGGUUCGGGACGUUCCAAAUGAUGCUGACUGCUUCGGCGCUGAUGGGCCUCACAUGCGGCGCAAGGAUCGCCCUUCAGGCCCCCGUGGUUGCCAAACAUUUUGGACUCAAGAAGCUUCCCCUCGUUAUGGGAGCAGUGUACUUCUGCAUUGGUGUAGCGUUGCUUCUGCGCCCACCAAUUGUCGGCUACUUCCGAGACAGGCAUGGAUCCUACAGCGGUCUCCUUCACUCCACAGCCGCCGUUAACGGUUUGCUGGCGAUUAUCUGGAUCCUGAGGCUGCUCAACGGCAAGAAGGAGGUAUCGCCGACAAAGGUGGACCAAUCCUCGGAGGAAAUUUGAAAGGAAGGUGGGACGCAGCUUCUGGAAUCGGGCAGAACAGCAGCAGCUGAUGGUGGCCAGUGAAACCUUAACAGCGGACGUGGGUAACGAAGCAUCGACGUCGAAACUGUGCGGUGGAAUUUUGCCUACUUCUGGUUUUUGCAUAGUGCCAUCCCUUAUAUUGAGGACUUCAGUCAUGGCAGCAGCACUGCGUUUUUUAAAUGCGAAGCAUUUCUUGCCGGCGGCUCUGUCCGUCGCUCCAUCUGCCGUGCGGCGUCGACACCCGCACUCCGCAUGCGCAUCCUCCUCCCCCUCCUCUCCUUGUCA